UCGGCAGCUCCAACGCACGUUCCAGAUCGUGCAGAGAGAGCGAGCGAGCGCAAGUAGCGAGGUUACAGCAAGCGAACGAGUGUCCGUCCGCGUGAGACGAGCUGCAGACAGUGACGUGCUCGUGUGUUGAGCGGUGGUUGCGCGCGGUUCCCGUCCGAACAAAAGAGCGAGAGAAGAGGUCCUUGGCUCCGGCGCAAGUGAUCCUCCUCCUUCUCCUCCUUACUCGUUGACCAUCGCCUUUUGUUUAUAAAAUCACCGAAACAACAACGCACGCGCCGGCGCCGAAGCGACUCGUGCAAACUGCGCCCGCUCGGAGUGAGCCUUCCGGGCGAACGAAGAAAGAGUAGGAGGAGGAGGAGAAGAGGAAGAAGGAGUAGGAGGAGGAGGAGAAGAGGAAGAAGGAGUAGGGGUGGUGGUGCUGGUGCAGUGAAAGUGAAUUCGCUCAGCCGGGGAACGACUGCGCGCGCGUGAUUCCCGGAGCGCACGGCCACUGCGGGGGCGGGGAGAGGGCGCAGAGUUUGACGAGCACCAUCGCCGGUAAAAUGGCCAGACUCGGGCACGCCAUGCCAGCGGUCGUCGGGCUGCUGCUGUGCACGCUGGCGGAGCAGUGCGGCGCGCAGGCUGUGGGCUGCGGCAGCGACGUCCAGUGGCCCUUCACGAGGCUGUGCGACCAGACUCUCGCGUGGGGCAUCGUUCUGGAGUCGAUCGCCGCCGCCGGAAUCGUCAUCUGCUUCAUCCUGGCGUUUGUGCUGCUCGGCAGUAUCCCCUUCAUCAAGCAGAACGGGAAGAAGGACUUCGUCCCUGUGCAGGUGGUCUUCACGGUGGCCACGAUGGGGCUGUACGGCCUCACGUUUGCGUUCAUCGUCUUAAAUACACCGCAGACCUGCCCGACACGACGCUUUCUCUUCGGUGUGCUCUUCGCCAUCUGCUUCUCUUGCCUCAUCACGCACGCAUACGCGAUUAUCAGCCUCAACCGCGGCGCAGAAGGGCACUCCCCCUGGAAGCUGCUGGGAAUCGUGGCGCUCCUCUCCCUCGUGCAGGUCAUCAUCAACGUGGAGUGGCUCAUCACGACCAUGGUGAGGCCCUUCCAGCAGCCGUGCCUCUAUAUGCCAAUGGACUUUGUCAUGGCCCUCAUCUACGUGAUGGUGCUAAUUUUCGUCGGCUUCGUCAUGUCCAUCUUGGUGGUUGCCGGAAAAAAUCGCAACUGGAGGAAGCACGGGGUUUUCAUGCUGAUCACCCUGAUAUUCUCCGUCUCCAUCUGGAUCGUUUGGAUCGUCAUUUAUGUGCGUGGCAUCGACGACCUGGAACAGCGGGGCAACUGGGAUGACCCCGUGCUGGGCAUUGCCCUGCUGUCCAAUGCCACCGCUUUCCUGUUCUUCUACAUCAUCCCCGAAGUAAGCCAGCUCAACAAGACGACGAGCCACGGGGACAUGGAGAACCACUUCCUCCCCGCGCGCCCUGCGCAGAACCCGCCUGCCACCCUGCCAAAGCCGUACGUCGUCGAGAAUAGAGCCUUUGCCUUGGAUGAGCCCAACUCUGGAUACAAGUCUGACUCACCGCUGAACGGUCAUCAUUCCAACCCGGUGUACCAGCCAACGCCGAUGAGUUUAAUGAUGAAUGGCAGGAAUGAUCACAUGAUUCCACGGGCGACCUACAACAAGGACGCGCACAAUGCCCCCACGGUACGUAUAGAGGACACCGACCGAGUGCCGCCUCGGAAGGCCUUUCUUCCCGCCAACAACCAAGGCCUGAACCACUUUCAAAGUGGGGAAGACUGGCGUACACCACUGUAGUAGACAUUUGUUGCUGUAAGCCCACCCGCUUUUAAACAGUGCAGCAAUUUCAAAUGUGCAGUAGCUUCUUGAAGUGAAAGCGAGAGUAACUCGUUUUCAAAUGAAAGAUUUAAACACCAGUAAUUUAUGCCUAUUAAAGUAUUCUUGUUUCAUAGGUCCCAACUGCUGGCUGGUAAAGGUGCAGCAGGUGACCUGAUGUGGAGGGGCUUGUGUCGUACGGAGCAAUGCCUGUGUACUGCUGGUUAGUAGCCACUUCCUAGCAAUUUGGACUUAAUGUGUCUACCAUCAAGCACCGGAAAUGAUUCUUUAUUUGUGUGUUUUUACCAAUAGUGCUUUAUGUUAAGAAAGGUUUUGGCUAAGAAAGACUUUACAUUUUAGUACGUGCUGUGGAUUGAUGUCCAUGAGCGUAAUACUUGCACAAAUGUACGUUAUUAUUUGUAGCUUGAAAAAAAAGUAAGUGAUGUAUAUUUACGCAUUUUUAACCUUUCGAAGGUUUGAUGUAUGUAAAAUAGUAGCAACUGUUUGGAAAGAAUGGCCAAAGACGUGAACAAAAUGUCAAACUGAGAUACGUUGGUUUGUGUAAAACAUGCUUUGUGUGUGAGUGUAUAUAUAUGUGUGUGCACAUAUACAUGUGAAACAUGUUUAUAUGUAAGGAGUGUAGGCACAUUUAUGUAUAUGUAUUUAAUGUAGUAAAUUGUGUGUAAAUACUAAUAAUGCUGGUAAACCAAGCUCAUACAGUGCGACCAAAGGUAAAGUUGAUAUUUCAUUUGGUCACCGGUUGAAGUGAAUUGUCCAGUUCCCGACAGAUGAAUGGCAAAUCAACACCCAUAGUAAAUUCAUAAUGGAAGGCAUUUCUUAGAAAUAAACACGCAUAUAUGCCAUGCCCAAAAUUUUCAGAAUCUGUUGAAUGGUGUGACAUUGUUAUGCUAAGAGCACAGGAGGGCUUCAUUAUCUGAAUAAAUACUUUCCUUUUGGUUAUCCUGUAGCUUGGACUUUUGUAUUCUUCACAAGUACAGAUGCACAUAAUGUUUGCUAUCUUUUCACAGCUUUUGUAUGUCUUGGCAAGUAUUUAUGCUGUAGUAUGCCUUUGUAUGAUAAAAAAAAAUACAUUGUCAUGUAUAGAGUGACUCUGACAGGCGCAGAAUUACACUGCACGCUGUUGUGCAUGUUUUAUUUAUACGUUGUUGUCUAAAAUAAAGAUAUCACAACAAAA